UCACGCACGAACCUACAUCUUCGCAAGAUAAUAGCGCACUGUGCGCUGUGUCUACGGGUCGGAGAUCCCAAUUAAACCUGUUGGAUAUCACUUAUUGUUGUUUUGCUUACUAUACUUUGGCUAAGUUCUACCCUUUCCUCAGCAGUCAGGUAAACCCAAGAUAAUGGAGCUCCAAAUGGAUAGAAGAUUCCACAACUUGACUCUGGAGCAAGUCCAGACUUUGGACCAGGUGUUGACGGAGGUGAUCACAAUCCACGGCAGAGGGAACUUCCCCACCUUGGAGGUGAGACCCAAGGACAUCAUCCAUGUAGUGAAGGACCGGCUGGUGGAGAGGGAAAUCAGGGUCAGGGACAUUCGCCUCAACGGCUCCACCGCCAGCCAUGUGAUGGUCAGGGACAACGGCACGGGCUACAGAGACCUGGACAUCAUCUUUGGAGUGGAGCUGCCCAGACAGGAGGACUUCCAGGUCAUCAAGGAGGUGGUGCUGGGCAGCCUGCGUGACCUCCUUCCCCGUGGGGUUAACAGACGCAAGAUCACCUGCCUCACCAUGAAGGAGGCCUACGUGCAGAAGAUGGUCAAGGUCUUCAAUGAGCACGACCGCUGGAGCCUUAUCUCACUGUCCAAUAACAGGGGUAAAACUGUGGGGCUCAGGUUUGUAAGUUCCCUGCGACGCCAGUUUGAGUUCAGUGUGGACUCCUUCCAGAUUAUAUUGGACCGUAUGCUGGAGUCAUACUGGGAGACUGAGAGGAGGCAAGGAGGUCAGUGUGAGGGAUUGGAGUCACACAAUGGCAUUGUGUUACAUCCGGAUAGAGGGGCAGAGAAAACCAAAAUGGAACCCCAGUAUUCUUCCACCUCUGAGAAUCUAAAAGAGGAUAAAGACAAAGACUCAAUGAUGACACACUUCGCUGACAGUCCGUGCCACAGUGAACAGGUUGUUGUUCAAGAGGAAGAAUCAUUGCAUCCGAUGGAUGUGCAUGCAACUGGAAAACAAGAGCCACUGGAAGUGUUAGAGAUAGAGAGAGCAGAGCUAGACCUGGGAUCUCUGGAGAAUGAGGAAGAGGUAGAAGAGGAGGAGGUGGUAAAGGUUGAUACAGUACUUGAGAUAAGAGUAGAGGAAAAAAUGCCAUUUGUUCAGAAUACAGAUUAUCCCUCAAUUAUAUCCUCCUCCAAAACAUUGACAGAUGUGAUGGAACCUCUGGUGUCAAUUGUAUCUGUAAACCUUCAAAGUAACAUAGAGGAGUCACUGAUCUCUGAGUCAAAAGACAUCAAGCCAUCCCAGAUGAAGCUCACAGAGAACUCAGUGCAAGAGCAACUUCAAGUGAUGCCUCAAUCCACAUCCCAAGCCUGCACUGCUGUCACACAAAACGUACACCUUGAACAUUUAUUCCCUCCCCCAGCCAAGAAAACCUGUAACACAUCCCAGGAAAUUGUCCCUGACUAUUGCCCCUCACCUAAACCACCAAGGAAGAUGUCACGGAAGAUGAACAGCAUCUCAUCACUCCCUGAAAAAUGGUCUUUGUUAAAAGAUUUGUCCGAUCUUACAACCCAGCUGUUUGAGCCUAUAGAAAUACUCCCAACACCUCAACCAAAUCCCUCUCUAUUAGACACGGAUCAAGGCCAUUAUUCAUCCUCCUCAGGGUCCAGACGAAGGAACUCAGAGGGCACGAAAACAUUCACAGACCACCUUACUCCAGCCAUUUCAUCCCAGGAUAAAAACAUCUCACCCCACACCGUAGAACAAAUAGUCAGAGGGAAAUAUUCAAAAAAGCCUCCAGACUCAGAAGCUUCUCAGGAAUCAUUGUCCCUUCAAACCACAGGGAGCCGAGUCCCAGAGACUGAACCUGCUGCUACUCAGGAACUAGGGCCACCAGACACAACCACGGUCUGUCCACGGGCAGGGCCAAGUUCGGCCCCAAGGGACAAGGCCAGCAUCACUGUGGUAGCAGAGUGCAUGUAUGGGGACUUUGAACAAGCCAUGGAUCACCUGCGCUUCCGACUCAUUGCCACCCAUAACCCAGAGGAGAUCAGAGGAGGUGGGCUUCUGAAGUAUAGUGACCUGCUGGUGAGGAACUUCAGGCCAGCCAGUGAGACAGAGAUCAAGUCCCUAGAGCGCUACAUGUGCUCCCGCUUCUUUAUUGACUUUCCUGACCUCAGCGAGCAGCAGCGCAAGAUCGAGGCCUACCUGCGCUGCCACUUUGUUGGCGACGAGGAGACGAGCAAGUAUGACUAUCUGAUGACCCUGCGUCGGGUGAUAGAUGAGAGUACAGUGUGUCUGAUGGGACAUGAGAGGAGGCAGACUCUCAAUAUGAUCACUGUCCUGGCCCUGAGGGUGCUGGGGGAACAGAACGCCAUCCCCAACACUGCCAACAUCACCUGCUUCUACCAGCCUGCGCCAUACAUGGCUGACCCCAUAUUCAGCAGCUACUACAUUCCCCAGGCAGCACAACCACCCCUCCUUUACCACCCCUACCCUUUACAUGUCCACAUGCAGACCGGCCUGGUGUAGCCCCAGCAUGUGAGUGGGGGAGAGCAUGCGGGCUGCGUUCUAUAUGGUUCUACUCUGUAACCAGAGGCACAAAAUUGAUUUAAAAAAGAAAAGAGGCAUGAGCGCAAUUUGUUCAAUGCUUUGAAAAGACGUGAGACAGUGGACACAAAAUGGAGAGAGUUGGAGCUUUAUCUUUGGAUGAAGGCCACCACGUUACUGUUUUCAAAUGAAAAAUGUUUUGAAUGGGAGAGAGAAUAGCUGAUUACUCACUGAGAGCAAGCUGCAAGGGAAAAUGUCACAGAGGGAAAUGACAGUUUACUUGGCUGUUUCAGCUGCAGCAGCAGGGUAGGCAGGCUUUGUCUUUGUUACCUUCCUGUGACACGGGGAUCCUAUACUGUCAAUUAAUGACAAAGUUGUUUAACAGGGCAGAAAUACUGUAUGAAGAGUAGACAGAACGUUUCUUAUCAUAUACUAUAGUGAGGUAGAGGACAGGCAAGUAUGCUGCAGUGGAUGAAGGUAUAAACGUUUCAAAAUAAUUAGACAUACCAUAGUUGAUAUAGACCAAAAUCACAACACACUAUGUACAAAUUAGACAGUAUCUGAUCAAGCCAAACUACUGUCCUGUGUUUUAGAGAAUUAUGAGUUGUUGUUCUUCACGAAUUUAAGUGAAUUAACUUUCUUGAAGUGAUCAUAAUUGUGUUUAAAGGUAGACUCAGCGAAAUGAUGUUGCCACGAGCAGCAACACAGAUAUUAAGAUGAGCGAGAUGCAAGACUCUCACACACAGUAUUUGCACAUGUGCACAGGUUCGCUUUAAGCUGUUCACAGUGUUGUAGCCAGGGCACCAAAACAGCAGAGAAGUUGAGCCUCACGCUUCAACGCUCUUAGUUGUUGCGGAAAUUGACCCACUAUGCUGUUUAUUUUCUGCGUCUACAUCAUAUCGCUGAGUCUACCUUUAAUAUUGUAUUGUAACGUCACAAAUCUUGAUAUGAUAUCAGCUGUGCUUAGGUCUUGGGAAAAUGUGGCGUAGAGUACAUAUUGAUUUGUUUUCUGGGUGUUAAUGUCUGAUUGCAUCCUUGGUAAAUGUUUGAGUGUCUAAUGAGUGACUACAGUAAUUUAUCAGGGCGAAAUCAGGGUUGUUAAGAUAAAAGACAGAUUCCAAAGUGUUUUAAACUAUCACCCCUCAGUUUCGUUAUGUGGUAGUAUUUAGAAGUAAUAGUUAUAGACACUCACAGCAAAUGUAUAUUCACUGUCACUUGUUAUUUGUUAGUGUGCCAUUUCAUUGUAUACGAUACACAAGAGGUAAUUUGUAAAAGACCCACAAAAUGUAUGUUCAGCACAGGCAUGGCAGUAUGUGAGUUACCCUAAUGGGCAAUUGAAUCUGAAGCACAAUGUAAAUGUACGCAACCUUAUUGUUAAUUAGUGAACUAUAGACGUAUCGGAUGUAUUUGUGAUUCACCAAUUCAAUAUACAGUGGGGGGAAAAAAGUAUUUAGUCAGCCACCAAUUG